AUGCUCAACCAACGGCUGUCGAUAGAUGGAAACAAUUGCACAGUACGGUACGUGGGAACCGACGUGCCCGUGUGGCCCGACGAAGAAGCGAUCGGCGUGGAGUGGGACGAUCCAGCUCGCGGCAAAAACAACGGAUCAGUCAAGGGUACACAACUGUUCGAAUGCACCCAACUGGGAGCCGGAUCGUUCCUGAAAAGUGCGUCGUUGGCCAAAAAGCAGGUCCGCUAUGGCACAUCGUUUGUGGAGGCUGUGGUUGAGCGAUACGCGUCGGAAUCACGAGUGGACGAGAUCAAGAUUGGUACGAAAAUGAGCCAGGUGUUGGGGUUCGAUAACAAGGGUCUGGAGAAUCUGACGAGCAUAAAUCUGGCCAACAAGGGCGUUUCAGAGGCCCAUGAAACUGAUAGUCUGCCUCUGGCUCGCGUGGUGCAUCUUGAUCUGUCCUUCAAUCUCUUUACAUCGUUCGAAACGGUGCUCCAAUGUCUCCAGACAACACCCCAUGUCGAGUGGAUGUCUUUGAACGGAAACAGAUUCAGAGUGGAUGCUGAAGGUACUCCGAACUCAUUGUUUCCCUCUCUUACCUCUUUGUCAUUGACCAACACCUUGCUGUCUGAGAAGGAAGUACUGCUAAUCAUCAAACACUUCCCUAACCUCACUCAUCUGGUUUUGGCCCAUAACAAGACCAUCAAGUCGAUCGAUUUGCGGGAUACCCGUCUGCAGUUUCUCGAUCUGUCUUACAACAAUCUGCAUGACCUCUCACACUUCCACUUCCCCCCUUCUUUGACGUCCUUGAACCUGUCUCAGAACAGGUUGGAGAACGUGACUGCGGAGACUCUACCCCGUUCAGACUCCCUCACAGAGCUCGAUGUGUCCUACAACACCCUUCAGUGGUCCGAUUUCGAUCAGCUAUGCAUUAUUUAUCCGUCCUUGACAUCCCUACGGAUCAACGACAACCCGUUCACCAAAGAAGACUUUUCCACAAACAAUCUUUCUGUGUCGCCUAUCGACUCGCAGAUCAUUGCGCGAUGGCACAAGAAGCUGAGUACGCUCAAUGGCCGGUUUGUGGCCGACCAGGAACGCUCGGACAGUCUCAUCUACUUUGUCAACUCGGUCAUACAAGGCAAGAUUGACUACCCACGAGACAAGGGGGCUAACAAGACCCAUUUCGACGCUCUGGUAGCGUCGCUGGGCAUUUCACAGGCCCACGCAACUCCCAGGGUGACUGAAAACUUUCCUACUGCCCGUCAGGCGUUUGUGAAGGUCACGUAUACCACUCGUGUCGACCGUGGAACGAGUACGACGACCCAGAGACUCAACAAACACAGCUCUGUGCAAAAGAUGAAGUUUGGCGUGCUAAGAAACAAGGGUUUUUCGCCUCUGCAUUCCUGCACCAUUGUCAUUGACGAUAUUGAGGUGUAUGACGAGCUCAAGACGUUGGAUUUCUACGGAGUCACGGAUUCUACAAAGGUUGACGUUUUAAUUCAGUGA